UUACAAUGUUGCUGCUUCUGAGCUGUGUGAUAAUUGCAGGAAUCACAACAGAAGGCUCACUGAUGACACACCAUGGAGUGAAGAGCAGCUCAAUAUGUCUACAAGCUGGACAUUCAUCAGCACAUGAGAAUGUUAUAUGGAGUUUCAAUAGUACAGUUUUUGUUUAUGGCAAAAAAUUACUGUCUAACAACACUGGGAAAAUGGAUUAUAACCCAGGGAAUAACACCUUGUGUAUCGACAAACUUGCAGAAACAGACAGUGGUGAUUAUAAAGUUACAAUUUAUCAUAUGGAACUGGGACAGUUGAAACAGUCUUCUGAGACCCACCAAUUAAUGGUUCAUGAAGCUGUUCCAACUCCAGUUAUCAGGAUGUCAGUAAUGGGCUCCAACUCAUCUGCUGCAUUCUGCAUCAUAUCAAUAAACUGCUCUGUUCUGGAUGAGUGGUUAUGGACUAUCUGUGAUGAAGACAGCUGCAGGACAAAUCAAAGCUUUUUCAAUAAAUUCAACAUCUCAGUCUCUGCUGACAGCAGAUCUGUGUACUGCAGUGGACACAACCUUGUCAGUACAAAAAAUGUGUCUGCAAGGAUGGAUCAAACAUGCCAUAGGAAAAUUAGCAUUGAAGAUGAAGAGACAGCAUUCAGUGUGAUAGUAAUUAUAAUCGCAGUUGGAGCAGGUGUAGCCAUUUGUGCACUUUCCUGUUUGAUUAAGGGACUCUUUUCAACAAAAUGUAAUCAGACAUCCAGCGCACCGUUGAUACACAGCCAGCCAAUAGAGGACCAACCACAACCUGUGAACAGAGGCUCCACAUCUUCUAGUCAGCCUGACGCUGCUUAUGAAAAUGUGGACGUCACCCAGCCCAGCCAGAUUAACAACAGAAGCAGCAACCCAAGGGAAGAGCUGAGGUCAGCAGAAAGUUGGACAGUAGAUACCAUCUACAGUGUUUUACAACUGCCCAAUGCUGCCAGUUCUCUUAAAAACCGUGACAGAGAUAAUAGUCCAAGAGAAAAUGAGCUAUCACAAGAGGCAUCCACUUCAGCAUCUGUCAUUCUCAGGGGGCCAGACGCUCCCAUGGAAGUUGAAACACUGUACAGUGUUUUGAAGAAGCCAAAAUGACAGAGUAACACGUCUCCGAAGCCUGUUUGAGAGCACAGCGUGAAAGUCAGAUUGAUAUGGACAUUCAGCAAGCAUUUUUAAAUUUGAUUACACAACUUUAAGGUUAUAUGUCUAUUUUUACCAAAUGUUUUUCUUAAUUUCAGUAUGUUUUGGCCUAUUGUUAUUUUUUUAUUUUCUCUAUAAAAUUUCAUAAUCUCUGUAAUUCUCCUAGUUUGGGUAUAUGACCAAAAAGGUAAAUCUAAUUUUUUUCCAACACCAAACCUAAUACUGCGUUUUUAAUCGAAUUUCUCUCCUGCUUAAAAAUGACAAAUUAGAAAGAGGGUCAAAGAAGUUUUGUUCUUUUUUUUUAUCAAUGAGAACGAGUUUGUGUAUUAUAAAGAUUGGCUGUGUUAUUUGUGAAGGUGAAAGAUAAUGGAACAUGACAAAACAAAAGUCAGCUAAAUUUCCCUUUUUGAUAAAAAUGUAAACUGCAAACUUUGAAUAUGCAUUUUGUUGUUUUAGGAAAAGGGAACUAUUUAUGUUAACACUGAAGUUCUGGAAUUUUUAUCAGCUUAGAAAUCAGCCUAGAAUUAGUGCCCAUGUCUCCAUCAGAUGCAAACAUGUCCAUCAGAAGAAUAUUGAUUAUCUAUGAAUUCAUGUUUUAUUGCUUGUUGGUAUUGGCCCUCAGUUUUUACAAUGCUUCCUCAGUCAUGAUACAGUAUAAACAUUGAGGGGAGACCAUGAUGGUGUUCAUGUUCUCGUACCAUUUUGAGUUGAUGAAGCUCAAGCUGCCUGCUAUCUUGAGACAAUUUUGUAUAAAUAAGUGGCCCAAAAGUUUUGGGGUUAGUUUUUGAUUUAGUAAAGCCAUAUUGCAAAUGGUAGUAAAAGCCAAGCACAACGAAAGUAAACUUGAGGUCGUAUUAUUUUUGUAUUAUUCAAAAAUGGAUCCCUUGGUUUCAAGCUUCAUAAACAUGCUAUAUCUAUUUGUAAAAACUGACUGAGUUUGUCAAGGUGCAGUAUAUUUGCAGAAAGAAAAGAUUUAACAAUACCACUUUCCCCGGUAUUAUUUGUUUUCUUUUUUGCCCAAUGCUGCACUUAAGCUUUGAUUGUAAAAACAAUGUGUUUUCUUUUCACAUAUUCUACUGGUAGCUUUUACAAGAGACAAACAUUGACUUAUCUUUUUACAGCAGUUUUCUGCUUUUAUCAUUUCUAAUAAACUGACAACAAUGAAGGUUGGACUUUAGCUCACUCAUUUUAAGAGUGGCAUUCUUUGCUUGUAGGACCUACCAACAUUCAGAAUCAUAAUACAAGGAUCAGACUGUCCUAAAUUGUAGCAAUGGAAAGCUGCUUGUACAUUUUGAGACUAUUGACCCGACACUUUAAUUUACCUGCAAUGGCUGAUCAUUUUAACCCUGCUUGGUGCUUUACAGUUACAAUGAGUAACAUUUUUUUUCACUAUUGUCUUACAGCACACAGUGAAAACUAUAUUAGCUAUGUGCCUUAUUCUGAUAAUGGAGAAUAUAUUGUUCCACUGACACACACUGGAGUGAUUCCUUCAAAUUGCCAGUACCCUGUAAGUAUUAAAGUGUUAUAACUGAAAAGAGUAUUCUGUAAUAGUUUCAUUUAUUAGAGUGAAAUAACACUUUUUCAUUAUAAUGAUAUUGAUGUCUUUUUCGUGAAGCUCUGUCAAAAUAACUGAUUCAGUUUUAAGCAGAAACUUUUGGAAUAUGCAUUAAUUUGAUUUAAUACAGUGAUUUUAAAUGACCCAUAGUGUCAGAGUUUGCUUAAAAGAAAUAUUGACUAUUUUACUUGUGUAGGUCACAGAUAAUAGCACAAAUGACAAAAAAGUUUGCUGAUAUCUGCUGCGAGCCUCUAAGUUGAAGUUGUGCCAGAGUGAGAAAUGCAAGAUGUGACUAAAUUCAUGUUGUGAACUUGAAACAGUACAGAUACAAACAUGAUUGAUUCUCUUGUAGAGCAGAAGUAGAAUGCAAAAAUACAAUGUCAUCAAAGAAGUACAUUUGGCUGCAAGAAAUGAUUAUUUCAAUCAUUGAUUCAUUGGAUGAUCAUUUUUCUUAUUUAUCAAUGAAUCAGAUGCUGUUUUUAUGUAUAAAAAAAUCUUAAUCCACAUAUCUAAAAAACAACUCAGAUAUUCCAAAGCUGUUAAAAUCUUGUCAAAGACUAUUUUUUUUAAAUAAAGAAAACUACAUUUUUCAUCUACUCUUAUUUUGAAUAACUUUAACAGGCCACAGAAUAAAC